GCCCAGUUCGGGAAACUGGGAGCCACGCAGCUCAGAGCAGGAUGGAGCCGGGGCAAAGCCCACCCCGGAGCAGAAUGCUGCUGCUGGGAAGCAGUCGGGUGGAAUUAUGGAGCAGAGGCCAGGAGAAAAGGGUGUGGGAGAUGUGGCAGAAUGGGCAAAGGAUUCCCGUAGCCCCCUCUCCUAGAGUCAUGGCCCCCUGCCUGGCACAAAUAGCCCCUCAGACUCAAGCUGCAGCGUCGGGCAGUGCUAGAGCCGCACGUCUGAGUUUCUACAGGCAGGAAGAGCAGUUCUGACCACAGGCUUCCCCUCGCUGCAGCUGCACGGCGCUGGGGCAGGGAGAGAGCAUCUACGACGUCAGCGAUGGGGGAGUAGGGGGAGACCCCAGAGCUCCCUGCCACACCUGCUGCCGUACCAGUCCGAGCUGCACCUCCGUCCAAGCCUGGGCCUUUGUCAUCGGCUCUGCCAGCCCCGGACAGUCACCCCCAGCAGGGUCAUUCAGAGACUGACAUCCCCUCUUGGCCAUGCCCAGACCCAGUUCCUUCUUCCCCCUCCUCCUACUCAUUCUCCUCCCUGGGGUCUCCACCCAUUGUCACACGGGCACAGCUGAGGAGUGCGAGGAACACACGGCUUUUGUGCCUGGGCACAAUCUGGCAGGAGAGGGCAUCGACGUCACCACACUGGAUAGGAAAGGGGCCUACUUGGUGGACACCAGCCACUGGCAGCGUCCGGAUGGGACCUGCACCCUGUGCCGGAACUCGCUGCUGGAGGGGCAACUGCAGAGGCUGCCGCUGGCUGCAGCGGACUGGAGGGAGAAGGUCUCAUGCCGCAGGAAACUCUCCAGUUCUGUGAAGGAGUCGGCCAUGGGCGUGGUCCAUGCGGCGGGCGCCGUGGUACAGAAUGACUGGAAGUUGGGGCUGGAGGUGGAGGUGAAGCCCAGCGCCAACACCCAGGUGACGCUGGCCGGCUCGCACUCCAAACUGGCAGAGUUCAGCACGGACAAGUCUCAGCAAGACAAAUACAGCUUCACCAGCCAUGAGGUGUCCUGCGCAUACUAUACGUUCCGCGUUACCCACAAACCUCCUCUCAGCAGACAUUUCACCCGGGCCUUGAGGGACCUCCCAGAGGAUUACACCCGCAGCUCACGCCUUGAAUACCGUCAGCUGAUCAACACCUACGGCACCCACUAUGUGUCCCAGCUGCAGCUGGGGGGCAGGGUGCGGGACGUGACGGCUGUGAGGGUCUGCGAGGCAGCUCUGGACGGGGUGACGGCUGACGAGGUCAAGGACUGUCUGAGCCUGGAGGCCUCCGUCAACAUCGGGUCCGGGAAGGGCAGGGCCCAGGCGGCCUUCAACCAGUGUGAGGAGCAGAAGAAGAAGCAGAACUUCAAGCAGAGCUUCCACGAGACCUACAGCGAGCGUCACACCGAGGUGAUGGGCGGCCACAGCCACGCCGACCUGCUGUUCUCUGAGGGGCAGGAUGCCGAGGUGUUCUCAGCUUGGAUGGAGAGCCUCAAAGCCAGCCCUGGCCUGGUGUCCUACUCACUGCACCCCAUCCACAACUUGGUGAGGCAGGACAACCCCAAGUGGGAGGCACUGAGGCAGGCGGUGAGUGAGUACAUCCGUGAGAGGGCCCUGUGGAGGAAUUGCACCCACAGCUGCCCUCCGGGGACCCGGCGCAGCACCCAUGACCCCUGCUCCUGCGUCUGCCCCGGGGACGGCUCCACCAACACCAUGUGCUGCUCACGGGAGCGGGGUCAGGGGAAGCUGACGGUGACGGUGGAGCGGGCCAGUGCCCUGUGGGGCGACUACAGCAGCUGCACUGACGCCUACGUCAAGGUCUCCUUCCAGGACCGGGAGGUGCGGACGACAACCGUGUGGAACACCGACAACCCGAUCUGGGACGUCCACCUGGACCUGGGGCACGUGCGUGUGGCGGAGACCAGUCAGCUCCGCCUCCAGGUCUGGGACGAGGACAAUAAGUACGACGACGACCUACUAGGGACGUGCAACGAGCCGCUGCACUCUGGAGAGAGUCACCACCGCGUCUGCUACCUGAACCACGGCCGCCUGGACUUCCGGUACAGCCUGGUGUGUGGUCCAAACCUGGGCGGGCCCCACUGCUUGGACUACGUCCCCCAGAGCCCCGGGAACUACGAGGCGGCCCAGGGUUAGCUCAGAGGGACAUUCCAGGACAAGCAAUUUGCCCCACCUCGCCCCCGCAGCCAGGGGUUUUCCCUCUCCCCCAGGGGCAUCUGCUGUGACCUCACUUCACCAGGACCUGCGUGGGCGCGCUCGCUCUCUCUCUCUCUCUCUCCGGGGGGGUGACGGGGUAGCAAUGGAGGGGCGAGAGGGUAAGUGUCUCACCUAAUAAAGGAAAUGGAGAGCUGACUGAGCCUCCCUGGUGUCUCACUGUGUGGAACCCCCUUGGCCCCCGUC